AUGGAGUUACACUGUGUCGUGUUUGCACCAAAUAAUCUUCAAUUGAGCAACGUCACUUGCUCGCAUUCGCGCCCACUACUCGCAGUAGCGAAGCAGAACCCCUGGCUAUUCCUCCUCAUAUGUCUAGCUUACUUUCCCUCUUUACUCCGUUCGGGGUUCUGGGUGGACACGCUCACAGCUACUGCACCGUAG